AGGAUUGUGUGGGGUGUAAACUGUAUGAGAUGGGAGGAUACUUUGCAGGUGAGCCCCACCCUCUCCUGUUGCACAGACUGCUAGCAGAGAGAGAAGCAAACACACCUGGACAACCCAAAUCUGUGGGAUAUUCACAUUUGAACACAUAUGCAAAAAAGAGAAAGGUUCUCCUGAAGUCCCUUCUCCCCUGCGUCUCCAGGGGGCCUCUACCAUGAUGAAGCUGACCGGUGCUAUUCUACUUCUCUCGUUGGUGACGCUAGUCCACGGUGCCUGCUCUCUCAAUGGGAGGAACAGAGGAGACCUCUAUGACUGCCCAGCGGAUGUGUACAUUGUUCUGGACACCUCAGAGAGUGUGGCACUGAGGGCCAAGCCCUACGGCUCCUUUGUUGAUCAGAUCAAGCAGUUUGCCCUGGACUUUGUGGACCAGCUCAAUACUAGAUACUACAGCUGUGAGCGUAACCUGACGUGGAGUGUGGGAGUGCUGCACUACAGUGAUGAGGUAAAGGUGAUGAGGGAGCUGACCAGCACCAAGGAGGCCCAAGGAAGAGCUCAGCUGAAGAGAGCUAUACAGGACAUUCGCUACAUCGGCAAGGGAACCCACACCGACUGUGCCAUCUCCGUAGCAACUGGGCAGCUGAUGACAGGGAUCCUGUUUGACUCACACGUUCUGCUUCAUGGUUGUAUCUCUUUCUUCAACCCACAGCUCUCCCCUCUCCAUGGCAACAAGUACAUGGUGGUGGUGACAGAUGGCCACCCGCUGGACGGCUAUAAGGAGCCGUGUGGCGGGGUGGCAUACACUGUGUCUGAGGCCAGAGCCAUGAACAUUAACAUCUUCAGCGUGGCUAUACUCCACAUCACCUGUGCUGUUCGUUCGAGUGCAAGGUUCCCCUGGGAUCUCAAGGCCCUGCUGGUGCAGGAGGGGGCGCGGGGACUGCAGGUGACCAGGGGCCCCAAGGACACAGAGGAGAGAAGGGUGACCGUGGUCCUACUGGUGACAGAGGUCCAAGAGGACCAUCUGGACAAAAGGGGGACUCUGGGGUCAUGGGCCUGCCUGGUUGUAGAGGAGACGAGGGGGCAGAGGGAGAGAUGGGAACACCUGGGGAGCCAGGGGUUCCUGGAGUGUCUGGAGCCAACGGAGCCAAGGGGGAGCCUGGACCAAUCGGAGGACCUGGAAAUAAGGGUGACCAAGGAGACCAAGGGGACUUUGGACCGUCUGGAGCGCCAGGCACAGAGGUUUGGAACUCAGCUAGUUCUAGAAUCAAUACAUCACCCGGACCAGGACGAACACUGUCCACAUAAUCUGACACAGGAAGACACAUAUCUUACUAGAUCACUGAACAUCAGGGGGAGAGAGGGGACUGAGAGGUGCUCCAGGAAUAAGAGGUGGUCAGGGAGACGGGUGACACAGGCUCUGCUGGAGCACAGGGUCAUGAAGGUCAGGCUGGAGAUGUGGGUUCACAGGGUGUUAAGGGCCCCAGGGGGCCUCCAGGAGCACCAGGAGAUGCAGGGCCCAUUGGGAAAAGGGGUGAUGCUGGAACACAGGGAGAAGGCCAACCUGGAUAUCCAGGGUUCCAGAACAACCAGCCAGGUCGUGGAGGACUCCAGGGGCCAAAAGGAUACCCUGGUCUCACAGGAGAAAUAUCCCCAGGCCCAGUGGGCCAUCCGGGGCAGACCAUGCUGUGAACUGGCAUUCACAGAGUGUGAGUGUGGUCCGGUGAAGCUACUCUUUGUACUGGACAGUUCAGAGAGUGUUGGGCUGCAGAACUUCACCCUGGAAAAAGAGUUUAUAAUUCGAAUCAUCAACAAGAUUACCAAGUUCAGCAAAGACAAGAAGGAGCUAGGAUCACGAGUGGGUGUAGUUCAGUACAGCCAUGACGGCACCCAGGAGCUGGUAUCUAUGGAGGACCCCAAGAUCACCACAGUAGCACAGCUGAAAAGCUCUGUGAGAAACAUGCGCUGGAUUGCCGGUGGUACGUACACGGGAGAGGCGCUGGAUUUUGCCCGGCAGGCAUUCGGCAGCUCCCAGCUGGACCAAAAGGUGGCCAUAGUCUUGACAGACGGACGGUCAGACACCCGCCGGGACGCCAAACCGCUGUCCUCCCUCUGCUCUGUGCCCAAUAUAAGGGUGGUGGGCAUUGGCAUAGGUGACAUCUUCAGACGGGCGUCCUACGCCACCAUGCUGGAGGAGAUCACCUGUCUGGGCACAGCCUCACCUGGACUCUACCUGAAGAUUACAGACCACGUGCAACUGCUGGAGGACUCCUUCUUCAACAACGUUACUGGCUACAUCUGCCAAGAUAAGAAAUGUCCUGAUUACACCUGUCCAGCCAACUUCCAGGAAGCUACAGACAUAGUCUUCAUGUUGGACGGCUCCUCCAGUGUGGGCCAGGCCAACUUCUACAGAGCCAGAGAGUUUGUUGAGAACAUGGCCACCAGGCUGCUGUCACAGAACCGGGGAGGGCUGCUCCGCCUGUCCGUCAUGCAGUACAGCGAUGGGCAGCAGCAGAGAGUGGAGGUGCCCUUCACUGCCAGGGUUGAUGAUGUGCUAACGGGGCUAGCAGCUACGCUCUACAUGGACGGGGCCACCGACUUACCGGCUGCCCUGGCCUUCCUGACCUCCACCCUCCAGAGGGAGGGCCGCUCUGCUGUCCCCAGGAAAGUGGUGCUGUUCACGGACGGCAGGUCUGUGGCCUCUGCCCGGGCUGCUAUCCCCAGAGCUGCCGCCGCCGCUCUGGCAGAGAACACACAGCUGCUGGCCAUCACUGUGGGCGAGGGCUUUGACGAGGCGGGCGUGUGCCAGCUGGUGACGGGACAGGCGAACGGGUUUGAUUACCGCGUCGUGGAUAGUCGUGUCCACCGAGUGGCACUGUACAGUGACCUGGCCAGACGGGUGGUCAUGCAGAGCCUGGCUAGAAAGCUCUCUAAAGCUCUCUGAAGCUCUCCGAAGUUCUCUAAAGCUCUCUGAAGCUCUGUAAAACUAUCUCAAUCUCUCUGAAAUUCUCUAAAGCCAUGUAAAGCUCUCUAAAGCUUUCUGAAGCUCUGUAAAGCUUUCUGAAGCUAUGUAAAGCUCUCUGAAGCCCUGUAAAGCUUUCUGAAGCUCUCCAAAGCUCUGUAAAGCUCUCUGGAGCUCUCUAAUGCUCUUAAAGACCUCCCUACUACUGACAUGUCUAUGAAUUGUUCUGUUGUGCCAUGUAUUAGGCCAUUAAGAAAUUAGAUAGAUACAUUUUAUACUUUUGUGUUUUCCUUAUGUGUUUGAGGGCCUCCUGCUUUUCACGUGAAAUAAAAUGAAUAUGUUUGUCAUAAGAAGCACUUGGGUAGAUUAAUAAGCGUUACGCUGUAAGUUUGGUGAUAAGAUGAACAGUUUUCUUUUGCUCAAAUUUCUUGACAAAUAAAAUAUUGGACAAACUAACUCGCUAA